AUGAGAUUCACUUUGUGGUUUGAGUUUGAAGAAGUGCUGGAAUUUUUUGAACUGUCAUUUCUAGAUGUUCCAAGAGGCGACGAUGGUGAAGGAGAUUGGGAAGAUAGUGAAGAUGAUGAAGAUGAAGAAGAUGAAGAGGAUGAUGAUAAAGAUGAAAAAAGUGAGGGACCUCAUGAUGGUGAAAAAGAUUAUGCAAAAGAUAGUGAAGAUGACAUGAUAGAUGAGCGUGUUCAUAUCAUGGAUAUUUUAGAAGAGUACGAAUUUAACGGAGAUAAUCAAAGCGGCCGAGAUGCUCUUUUCAAUGAAUUUCUUAUUCAUAGAAACAUUGACCGUGAAGAAUUCCUUCAGUGGUUGACGGAGAGGGGGAACGAAAAAAGCAUAUGGUGGCGCAAGUUUCUUUGGCUAAGGGAUGAUGACUGUGAAAGAUUUUUAGAGACCGUGUUGCCUAAGGAUUUGUGGGAAUUUGGAGACACGUAUGAAGGGAGUUUUUCUGGAACGCUUUAUCUCGAUAUCAUCUUCUACCGAGAAUAUUUAAGAAUAUUAGUAAUAGAAGUUGGGGAUAAUGAUGAAAAGUGGGAAGAAGAUGCAUCUAGUGAAGAUGAUGAUGAUGAGUGGGAAGAAGAUACAUUUAGUGAAGAUGAUGAUGAAGACCAUUCUUAUUUUACAGGGUUUGAAGAAGUGCUGGAAUUUCUUGAACUGUCAUUUCCAGAUGUUACAAGGGUGGAAGUGUUCACUCCCCAAGAAGAAGAAGAAGAAAGGUUGACAAAUGCUGAAGAAUAUUACGAAGUUGGGGGAGGAGAUGAUAAUGAAGGAGAUGGGGGAGGAAAUGACGAUGAAGAUGGGGGAGGAUAUGAUAGUGAUGGUGACGAAGAGGAUGAAGAAUAUUCAGGAGGCGACGAUGGUGAAGGAGAUUGGGAAGAUGGUGAAGAUGAUAAAGAUGAAGAUGAAGAUGAUAAAGAUGAAAAAAGGUUUGAAGAAGUGCUCGAAUUUCUUGAACUGUCAUUUCCAGAUGUUGCAAGGGUGAAAGAAGAAAAAGAAAAAGAAAGGUUGAUAAAUGCUGAAGAAUAUUACGAAGUUGGCGGAGGAGAUGAUAAUGAAGGAGAUGGGGGAGAAAAUGACGAUGAAGAUGGGGGAGAAGACGAUAGUGAUGGUGGCGAAGAGGAUGAAUAA